CUAAACGGCUGUCUCCGUAAUAAAUUAUCGAAAGUAGUUGGAAACCCAUUCCAUAAUAGUAAUUAUGUACAAUUGAAAUCAUUUGUACAAAUCUUUCCUCAGUUUUUCACAACACAGAUUCCACUGUCAAUACUAAAGGAUUCGAACUUUGUAAUCAACUUUACGUGCCUACCGUUGACGGUGAAUUUUUUCCUCUUACGGCACUACGAAAAUUCGUUUCUUUUUGAGAAUUUUAAUGAAUUUGUACUUUUUUUCGCACUCAAAUCUCCGUGUUUAAUCUCGAAAAAUGAUAUAAACUGGCACCAAAUUAUAGGCGUUUUUUGUCACACAAUUAAUUUAUUAAUUGAGGUAAAUUUAAAACAAACUUUCGUCCAUACAUUUCUCAAGUAAUUAAAAAAAAAAGUUUCGGCCUUCCACUCUAAAUCUACAGCAAGAUUUUUAUAAAACGUAACUUCGUGGUCCACUUUCUCCAUAAUCGUAAACGUUAAAAAUCUAAUCAAAAUUGCAUUCAUGUAGCUCAAAUUAAGGAAAAUUCUUCUAACAUUAAUUUAUGGAAUUUUUACUUUGAUAAUAUCGAGACACGUUUCAUUUGUUAUUCACUUUAUUCCCUUCGACCAUUUUUUAAUAGAGGUUUAAUAGAGGUUCGAAUAGGAUGAAAAUAUCAGAAGAAAGUAAAAGAAUCUUCAUUUUGAUGCUUAGGGUAAUUCAUAUUGAACGGCUGUCAUAGCGUGAUAAUGGCUUUUAUUCAGGUGGCUUUAGAAGAAGACGGUACAGAAAUAGACGACGAUGAAAUCCUACUCGAACUCAGCAAGAUGUCAAUAACACCAAUUUGUUUGAUGAUAUUACCUGAAAAUGGAACUUGGCAAUCAGCAACUGAAAGUUCAAAAACAUUACUCGAAGCUGAGCCGUCGACUUCAACUGCGAAUGAACGUUCGAUCAACGAAUCACCUGAUGCAGUGGCUCUUGGAGAAUCGGUUGGUAGCAACAUUUGGGGGAAAUUCCCGGAGCGUCUGAUGAAAGCUUGCCAGAACGAACAAAGGGCGUAUGAAGUUGAUCGACGAGCAAUGGUGGCUACUAUUGCAGAUCACAUGAUUCACCAUUUAAAAGAUUAUUCACGAUCAACUGCGGAACGAAUGGCGAAAAUGAUAACGGAAAAAUAUCCGAAAACUUUUAGCGAUGUAAUCAGCGACAAAGUGGUUGGUUCCGGUAUAGAAACUUUGCGGCAACAAAUUUACAACGCUGUAAAUUAUCGCAAAUUUGAUAAGGAAGCGAAGAAACGUGUCGAGUUCGGACUGGACGAUAAGGACGAUGAUGAUGUUUCUGAACCCGUACAACCACCGCGGAAACAAGACGAAUACGGUUGUGUCGAGUACCAGCCUCUUUUACCGUCAACAGAAACUGCACAAUCUCAAACCGACAAAAAAAAUGCCCUUAUCAAAUUCUUUGAAGCCAAGGAAAAAGAUGACGAAAAGAUCACCAAUUUAAUGAACGAUACCUAUCCAACGCAGCGAAUGACUAUCAACAAAAAAAAAAGAACCCUGACUCAAGUGUUCCAAGACUGGCCAUAUUUAAAAACACCGCAAUACAUCGAGAAGCACGCUUCACGUCUUCUUGGCAAGCCCAUCUGCAAAACAUGGGAGGAAUAUUUGCCCAAGAUCGCGAAAUCACUAAGAAAGUUCACAAUUUACACUGAGAAAUCCCAAUUAUUGAAAGCAAAAAAAUCAACGAGCCAUAAGGAAGAAAAUGAGAAAUCAAGCGAAGUUCUCAAUCUCAUAGCGGAAGCUCGAGCUUCGAGUGCUGCCACAAAAAGCGAUAUUUCGAUGAUGGCACUUGCAUUCCCUUUGAUCGCUAUCCAACUGAAAGAAGACUUGCAGCUGUUAUGCAAAGUUGUAUCUGAAGAUGUGCUGAUUACCGAGCUCGUUAACGAAGUUGAUGCGGACUUCCCGAUUCUUAUAAUAAGAGGUAAAUCACUGUUUGAUGACGAAGCGAAAUGCGACGUCAUCGUCGAAGGGAACAACAUCAGUGCCCGGGACGUGCUCGACGGAAUGCUCGUCACAUUUCUGGCGUUUUACGUAUUCGGUUACGAGUACCGUCCAGGAAUCACCAAAACUUUGGAAUUUAUUCAAAGGGCGCUACUCCAGAUCAAUCCGCAAACCGGCCAUAAGCAGAAGGGGAAACAAAAAAAGAAAACGAUGUCAUUCGAUGCAAAUGUUAUGAAGCUGGCCAGUUCAUUGCAAGCGUUCGAGGACGAUUGAAGUACCACAUCAUACAUGAUUGAAUCUCCAUCUCCACGUCGUUUCAUAUAAAUUAAGAAAACAGCCUCUAAGAAAUUACAUCCUUGCAUUUUUAUUUGAAUUUCUUUUAUAUUUUUGGGUACGAAUAUUUAUUACUUUCCUACAACAGUUAUAUUGCGAUGGGAAUACAAUGUACAAAUUAUAACAGACUAGUGAUGUAAAAUUACGGUAAAUUGGCAUUUGAAAUUUAAGUGGGCUUCUGAAAUAAAAAAAAAAAUGUACAGAUAUCAAAACUA